UUCAGAUCCUGACUAUUUUGUAGAUUCUUUCUUUUUCUACAUCUGUAUUUCAUGCAUAACUUUAUCUUCUGGCAAAGUUGGUUCCAACUAUGCCUUUUUUAAGGCAAAAAAUUCAGAGGUUUCAGCUAAGUCAAUAUGGAAGGCUGUAUUCUUCAGUUUCAAAGGCUGUGUCAGAACAGAAGUAGAAAGCUAAUUUCAGUUUUAGCUUUGAUGUUUUCUUUUCUUUUGGUCCUUCAUACCUUCACUCUUCCUUCUAGAAGAACUUAUUCAACUCAGUAUCCUACUCCAAAAUUACCUGCAAACACCAAGUUGAACUCACUAAAUAAGAAUUUCUCUUCUCAAUCUCAAGGAGUUGGAAAGCUCUCUCAUUUGAGUGACUCUUACAGCUCGAUCAAAUCAUUAAACCUUUCUAAGAGACCAGAUCAUGAUUUAAGGGUCAGUGAAGUGGAUGAAAAGUUAAAAAAUGAUGGUUCUGAUGAUAGUAGCUGGUUGGAUGGGGAUGAGAAUCCUGUUAUGAGAUUUUCUGAUGAUCUUGGUGACGUAACCGGAAUAAAGAAGGUUGGGGAUUCAGUUUAUGAGUUUCUCUCCAUAUCAGAUAGAAAUAGAAAAGAAAAUCCUCUUUUAGACAUCGAGCAAAGAAGAAUUCCAGCUAAUGAAUUAAUGAAAGGAGAGUUAAGUGUGAAUUCAAGUAAGAAUGCCAUAAUUUCAGUUCCUAUUGCUUCAUUAACAGAAAUUACAAAAGCAGAAAUGGUAACUUCACUAAGUCAGCAGGUAAAACAAGAACUUAGUAAUGUUCUAACCAAAUUAAACGCCAGCAUGAGCUAUGCGGACACUUUGAACGAGAAAAAUGCGUUGAUUAUGUCGCCACUAACCUUGUCUGAAAUGAAUAGUCUGUUGUGCAAAAACCGUGUUUUGCAUCAUUCAAUGAGACCUAGAUGGUCAUCAGCACCUGACAAGCAGAUAUUAGCUGCACAGAAAGAAAUUGAAAAUGCUCUCAAUGUUGAAAACGACCGGCAACUCUUUGCGCCGUUGUACCGAAACAUUUCGAAGUUUAAAAGAAGCUACAAGCUGAUGGAGAAGACUCUUAAGAUCUACAUCUAUGAAGAAGGAGAAAAGCCAAUAUUCCAUCAGCCACUCCUCAAAGGCAUUUAUGCUGCUGAAGGAUGGUUCAUGAAACUGAUGGAGAGCAGUAAACACUACAUUGUAAAAGACCCAAGUCAGGCUCAUCUCUUCUACAUGCCAUUCAGCUCUCGUCUCCUACAAUUGGCUCUUUACGUUCCCGGUUCGCACAAUCGAACGAACAUGAGACUUCAUCUCAAGAACUAUUUACGUAAGAUUACAGUGAAAUAUCCUUUCUGGAAUCGAACGGGGGGCGCCGACCAUUUCUUCGUCGCUUGCCAUGACUGGGCGCUUAAUGAAACAAACACGAUCAUGAACCGCAGCAUUCGUGCCCUCUGUGUCGCAGAUCUAGGUCAAGGGUUCAAGCUGGGCAGAGAUGUCUGUCUUCCUGAAUCCAAAAUUCGUUUGCCAAAGAAUCCUCUCAAAGAUAUCGGCGGAAGGCCUUGGAAUCAAAGGCCAGUUCUUGCUUUCUUCGCCGGGAACUUACAUGGCAUCCUUCGAAGUAUUCUUCUGGAGAACUGGGAGAGCAAGGAUCCCGACAUGAAGGUUUUUGGCCCCUCGACAUUGAGUGGGGCGAGGAGUAAGAUGGAUUAUGUCCAGUAUAUGAAGAGCAGCAAAUACUGUAUCUGUCCCAGGGGUUAUGAGGUUAACAGCCCCAGAUUAGUGGAGUCAAUCUUCUUUGAGUGUGUUCCGGUGAUCCUAGCUGACAAUUAUGUGCCACCAUUUUUUGAAAUUUUGAAAUGGGAGAAGUUUUCUGUGGUUGUUCCAGAGAAGGAUGUGCCCAGACUGAAAGAAAUACUGGUAGCCAUUACUAUGUCAGAGUAUAGGGAGCUGCAGAUGGGGGUGAAGAGGGUGCAGAGGCACUUUCUGUGGCGCAACAAGCCUGUGAAGUAUGACUUGUUUCAUAUGAUGCUACAUUCUAUUUGGCUGAGUAGAGUUUAUAACAUAGAAGUCAGAUGAGGAACUAAUGUCGGGGCAUUUACAUACAUUCCACCCAAUUCCUAGAUAUUUACAUAUAUAACUCCUAAGCUUUACAUUUUACAUCUGUACCACUCAAAGCUUUGAUAUCACAUAAAAAAUACCACCAUUUUAAUUUUAAAAAGUGAGAUACACUUUUUUAUGCACGGGUAAGGUGGGAUGUAAUUAAAAAUUGAAGUUUUAAGUGUCGGAUAUGUAAAUACAUAGGAAUUGAGUGGUAUGUAUGAAAAUUUUCCAUUUCUUUUACAUCUUUUGCUUGUUUUUGAUGUUCCAAGUCUUUUGAUUUAGGAUCUGUAAGCAGUUUUGUCUUGCGAGACAGAUCCAUGUAUGCUCUGACGCCCUGACCUCCCUCUAAUAGAAGAGAAAUGAAUGAGAUGAGGGAGUUUAGCAUGAGAUUCCGUGUCAAAUUUUAAGAAGACAUAUGAGAUAGUAGAUAAGAGACCACGUAGAUGUCUUGCUCUCAUUUUGUGAGG